AUGGACGUGACAGACUCGGAGCUCGUGGCGUGCGUGGCGACGUUACAGAAGUUGCAUGAUGAAGAGACACACCAGCUGUUUGUGUCGUCACCUCGCUUCAAGCUUCUACGGACGGUACUGAUCCCUCUCAUGUCGGACUUGCGUGCCAAAUUUUAUCAUGGGAAUUCGGCAGCCAGUGACAAUUUGCGUCAGGAGCAUAAGCGAGCAAAGAAAGUGGAGCAAGCGAGGAAGAAGGCGCUGGAUCAGCAGUAUGUAAAUAACACGAAGCUACGUGCGGAGAGACUCGCGCGAUUGGCGGCGCUGCAGACGCAGAAUCCACUGCUUGCGACUGUCCCGGACGGCGUCGCAGAGACGGAUGAACCUUUGCUGCUGAAGGAAAAUGGGGAAAAGUUGAAGGAUAUCGAGAGGCAGAAAAUUGGUCAAUUGCAUUAUUAUCGAGCGUGUUAUACGUGCAAGAUCAGAUUUCGGAAGCUGCACCAUUUCUACGAUCGAAUGUGUCCGUCGUGUGCAGAGCUCAACUACAAAAAACGUCUGCAGAACGCUGAUCUGUGGGGACAUAUUGCUAUUGUCACUGGUGCACGAGUGAAGAUCGGAUAUGAGAUUACGUUAAAGUUACUGCGUAGUGGGGCGAUGGUUGUAGCAACCACGCGGUUUCCAAAAGAUGCAGCGUUCCGGUACGCCAAAGAGAAGGAUUUUGAUGCCUGGAAAGACCGACUGCAAAUUUAUGGCAUGGACUUUCGUGACUUGGGUGUCUUUGAUAAAUUUAUGGACCAUAUUGAGGAAGCGUUUGGAAGCUUAGACAUCUUGAUCAACAACGCGACGCAAACUAUUCGGCGACCUGUCCAUUAUUACAAGCAUCUGAUCAAGUGUGAGAUAGCGCCUGUUCCGGAGAAUAUGACUCACGUUAACCAAAUUCUGCGGGGCAAUACGAAUCUUUUUGGCAGUGCUGCUGUGGCGAAUAUAGAAAGUGGCAAUGUCGCUGUCACGAACGGUGGCUCUUCAACAAUGAUCGUUGCUGCAUCUGUUUCCACAUCUGCAUCUGUGCGCCUGGCACAAAUGCCUCUAGUUACUGAGGAUGAGUACUCUGAAGAAACGGAGGUUCUGUUUCCCAAGGGUCAAGUUGAUAAUAACCAGCAGCAGGUGGACCUGCGUACUUCGAACUCGUGGGUCCAAAAAAUCAACCAGAUCGAGACCAUGGAGCUGGUGGAAGUGUUUGCGAUUAAUACCAUGGCACCAUUCAUCCUCAACAAGCGUGCCAUUCCUCUUCUUGAAAAGAGCCCGAAUGCGCGCCGCUUUAUCAUCAACGUCAGUGCCAUGGAAGGUAAGUUCUACAGAAGUAAGACGCCGAAUCACCCGCACACAAACAUGGCCAAGGCAGCAGCAAACAUGAUGACGAGAACUUGUGCCGCAGACCUAGUGCGCAAAGGAAUCUACAUGAACAGUGUUGACACGGGCUGGAUCAAUGACGAGAAUCCGCGCGAUAAAGCUGUUCGUAUUGCAGAUACGCAUAACUUCCAGACGCCUCUCGAUGAGAUCGAUGCCGCUGCUCGUGUAUUAGACCCGAUUUUUGCUCUGUAUCAAGACGGAAACACCGAUAAACCUCUCUUUGGCCACUUUCUGAAGGACUACACAGUCUCAGAGUGGUAA